CUACCACACAGCUGUAAAUAUUGAAAUCCUGAUAAUAUUGCUGCUUUCUCUUGUAAUAUAAUCGUUUGUGACUCGGAUUAUCCCAUGUGAAACACAAGGACAUGCAGUCUUGAUGUUUAAAUAUUGAAGCGAUCAAUGCCUGAUACAAAGAAAGAUCGACUUCACCCUGAGCUGCACAGUGGGCCAUCUGUGCUACAGGCUACAGACAACCAGCUGCAGGCUACAGACAACCAUCUGCAGGCUUCAGCUUCCCCCAUGUCCUUAUCUGCUCAACCGCCAGUUGUGUUCGGUGAACUUGUCAUUCUCGGGUAUAAUGGACAGUUGCCACAUGGUAACAAGGGUAGAAGAAGAAGCAAGUAUGUGCUGCACAGGAGGCCCAAGGCAAAUGGAGUGAAGCCCUUCAGAAAACACAUUGUGAAAAAUCCUCACUCCUCAAAGGCUGUGCAGGACAGCCACCAGCAUUCUGUCUCCUACACUCUGUCCAGGAACCAGGCUGUCAUUGUAGAGUACAAGGAAGAUCCCGACACUGACAUGUUUCAGAUUGGCAGGUCUUCUGAGGAUCAGAUAGACUUUGUUGUCAUGGAUACUGUUCCCGGGAACCUGCGACGAGAAUGUGAGAGUGUAUCUCAGUCCACCAUAUCACGUUUUGCCUGUCGAAUAUUGGUCGAGCGUAACCCUCCAUUUACUGCUAGAAUAUACGCUGCUGGUUUUGACUCAGCGAGGAAUAUUUUUCUUGGGGAGAAGGCUGUGAAGUGGUAUUCAGGUGAAGAGAUUGACGGUCUGACAACCAAUGGGGUGUUUCUCAUGCAGCCCCCUGGCCAUUUCUCACAUUCCACGUCUGGGGGUGUGUGGCGGGAGGUCUCCGUUGGUGGCACAGUGUAUGCACUCCGGGAGUCACGCUCAACCCCACACAAGAGUAACCAGAUAGUGGAAGAGAACAACAUUCUACAGGAUGGCACCCUCAUUGACCUGUGUGGGGCUACACUGCUGUGGAGGUCGGCAGCUGGUCUGACAGCCUCCCCUAGUGAACAUGAGUUUGAGAGCUUGGUGGAUGACAUCAACGCAGGGCGACCACAAUGCCCCGUUGGGUUGAUGACCCUGGUCCUGCCCCGUAAAGGGACCCUGGGGAUCAACGACAAGAAGCCUUUCGUGUACACAAAAUGCGGACACGUGCAUGGUCAACACCAGUGGGGCCAGGGGGACAAUAAUGAUGACAAUCGGACAUGUCCACUAUGUCUCACUACAAGCCCAUUUAUAAAGUUGAAGAUGGGUGCGGAAUUAAGCCUGUAUGUUGACAAUGAACACCCUACAUUCUGCUUCAGUCCCUGCGGCCAUAUGGCCUCAGAAAAAACUGUCAGAUACUGGUCGCAGGUUGCUGUGCCACAUGGUUGCCAAGGUUUCCAUGCUGUGUGUCCAUUCUGUGCCACGCCUCUUGACAAUGACCCCAGCAUAGUGAAACUCAUCUUCCAGGACUAUACUGACUGACACAUUGUGUUGCAGAAAUAUGGGGAUAGCAAACUGAUACUUACAGGGUGGUACAAGUUCAUAGAAGAGUUGAUGAUACACAUCAUGGUGCAGAAAUAUUGGAAUGGAAAACUUACAAGUACAGGGUUGAACCUGCGCACAGAAAUCAUGAUAAUGGAAAUUAGAUUUUAAAAAGCCUUAAUUCUUACAUUACAACAAAGCUCAAGAUAUUGUAACAAGCCAUGAAAUGUGAAAUUCUGAUUUUAAUAAGCCUGGCAUACACUACACCAGGGCAAGGCUGUGUAGGCUUGUGCUACCUUUGACUACAAAGAACAGUUUCUACAUAGAAAAGAAUGUUUAAAACAGCUUAAUAUUUAUUUCACGACUUUUGGGGGCAGCCAACUUAUUCUUACAUCGUGAAACAAGUACCCAGAUGUGUUUUGACAAUGCCAAUUCAAGAGUGUUGCCAUGAAAUUUGUGAUACUACUUACCAUAUAGGAGACAAAUUUGACGGUGUUAAACUAACUGUCAUAAUUAACAUUGUUAUUGUGAUAGCCUUUGUAAAAAGCAGUCAUAUUUGUUACAAUCUUCUUACUUUUUAGAAGGAUGUCCCUUUUUGCAUACAAUUUGCUUGUGUAACAAGUAAACAACUUAAGUCAUUAUUAUUUUAAAGCAUUAAACAAUGUUUUGAUGCCAAAUGAAGUUUUUACAAUUCGUAAAGGGUAUACACAUCGAUGUAGAAGCAACUUGUAAACAGUUUAACUAGUUCUCACAGUGUCAUGAAUAUUAAUGAAUUAGACACUUUAAAUAAUAGUUAUGUUCAAGAUGGAGAGAUACAUGUAUCUGCGUCAUUUAAUUUGAUAAAAAACUGAGCUACGAACAAUUCCCUUGCAUUUUUUCCCAAUUAAAGCAUUUACCAAAGCAUUACCAAGCAUUACAAUUGAACUACAGUAUGAUCAGGAUUGCAGAUUUGUAUUAUCAUUAUUACUAUUAUUACCGGCGUUAUUAUUUUAGAGUCUGCAUUUAUCUCAGAAGCUAUUGCUUUAGACUGAAAAGAUGAGAUAUUUUUAGCAAGUCAGCAUAAUAUGUUUGGUUUGAAAUAUAUACAUGUAAGACUAUAAUUUUUUGAAAAUACACUUGAAGUAAAUUUUAAGUUCUUUUAAACCAUUAAGCCAGUUAUACAUUGUCAUGUUCAAGUACAGUGGAUAUGUCGAGCUUGUUAAUGACAUUGGCAAAAUAAGUUACAAAUGUAAAUCCUAUUGAUCAAGCAGAAUUUAUUUGACAACUUACCAAAUGGUGCUUGAAUUAAUUAUUUUUGUACACUGUAUGAUGGAGUGCUGUACAACAGCUCUUAUCCUAAUAUAUACAUGUAGUGACCUUUUUUAUGCAUCAAAUAGAUGGGCGUGUAUGUUUUAAAUAUUCCAAAUUAUGUGUUCUCGGUGUUGUCUUGUGGUUUGAUUUGAUCAUCUGAUUAUUACAAAUUUAAAUUAACAAAGUCUGCAAUAUGAAUUAGCUGUGCAAUGCUUUUAAAACAUAUCAAAACAAUUAGUUUUCAUGCCAGUAAGGAAAUGUUUUUUUUAUUUCAUAAGUUGUUUAACAUAUUAACUUUUCGUCCUUGCAAUAAAUGCUAAAACAACUGUGCGAGCAGAGUGAGAAUAUGAUUUAUUCAUGCCAGUACAGAGUGCAUUUAAGUUGAUAACAUAAUUGGUUUGUAUGUUUUUAGGUUAUCUUGUGAACAAACAUAGAUAUAUGUUGUUUCUUCAUGAUAAGCCUAUGAACAAAUUACAUGUAAUAUACCUCACUAGCACUUGCAAACGGGAGUGAAAGGCUGGUACCUUUUUUCCUUCUUUUUAAAAAUACUUUAUAAUACAUUUGAUGAUUUUGAAAUUAACAUAGUUCAACCAUUAUUUGUUAUGUCAGUCAUCUGGAUCAAUAGAAGCAUAAUUAUUUUGCACCUACUUCACCAUGAUUUUCUCUAGUCACAUGACUGGCACAUGCUGCCGUGCAACCACAACAAUAACAAUAAUCUCUCUGCCUUCAAAUUGUUUUAGAUUUCAAACUUAUUUUUUAUUUAUUUAUUAAGUUGUAUUAUAUGGACAAAAGCUGUGUAUUGUUUGCAGUUUAAUCCAUAUUUAAAAAAAAAUCAAUUAUGAUGGGCUAUUUGUUCAACCAAAAAUCUGAAUUUUUUUUUUUUUAAAGUUCUAUAAAACAUGCUGUAAAUAUACUUACUAGAUCAUAUAAUUUAAACAGCCUUUUAUACUCAUCCAGCCUCUUGACAUUGAAACUACAGGUCCUUCUUAUGAAUGAACGUAUCAUACAAUCAAUCUCUCAAACUGUUCAUACAUGGUCAUAAUAAUUUAUACCUUUAAGGUAUAAUCAAAUAAUUGACUGGAAAUGUUACACUAGGAUAUUUUAAAACCUUAACCUGAUUUCUGACUCUCACUAAGUAUUCAAAUUAUUUGUGGUACGCUCAUUCGUAAGAAGGCACCUACAUGUAUAUUAUGUUACCUUGAUGUUGUGUACAUGACCAAGUUUUCUUGCCUCUUAAAAAGAUCUUUAAUUGCCAACAUUCCAUGUGUUGUGUUGUAGUCAGAUAUUACUUAUAUAGCCUUUAGUCAGAUAUUGAAAAUAUAAACAUUAUAACCAUCAGCUGGUGGUAAGUGGUUAGUUGGAUGUAGAUAGGUAAAGAUGAGAAGAUGUACGGUAAAACAGAUAAGUAUUUGACUAGUAGUAAAUCAUUUAGCAAAAAAAGAUAUAUAACCGUAAGGAUUUAACGAAAUUUUCUUGUCCUAUUUACAAGUUUCUUAUUUCCUUCAUUUGAAUGUUUUUCAAAGUUCGCCAGGCUAUUUCUUUGUUAGGAUUUUUCCCUUCUUAGUCUUGUUCAAUGUAAUCCUAGCUGAUUUUAAAUUCUCCACAUCUUUUUUGAAAAUCAACAUUAGAUCUGUAUUUGAUAUUAAGCUGUGUAGAUUCACCAUUAGGAUUAUAACUGGUAAAUUUAGGCAGAUGGAAAGUAUGGAGUCAGUUGACAAAAUAAAGUUUCAGAUACUAAGUCAGUUAAUGUCUGGUAGCAUGCCUUUAUUACAUGUCUGAUCAUAUUAAAUUUCAUUGUUGCUACUUAAACUUGUUACCUACAUGUAUCUGAAUGUUGUUUUGUUGUUGUUUUUUGCACUUAAUUGUUAGAAAUGUUUAAUUUUCUGCUUAAGUUACAUGUAGCUUACAUAGGCCGGAUUGUUCAGAAUUUUGUCAAAAGGUAAUAACGGGAUUAACAACAUAGUUGCUUACUUUUAAAAGUGAAAUAUUUUAUGACAUGCUCAUAUAUUUAAAUAAAAACACAGCUGAAACAGGUGUCUCGAAUCUUGAAAUACUGCAGGUCGAAUUUGUCCGUUUUAAUUCAAGAGCAAUAAAGAUUUGAAAGUUACCAACGAUGACAUUAAUAACAUAGUUAACUUUAACAAGGUUCUGAACAGUUGGGCCUGUGGUGUUUCCUGUGUCAAUGAAACGUUUGUUGUUGAUGUAAUGAUUCUGUGUAAACUUGUAAUGUUUUGAUUUGAUCAGUAUUCUAAGGCCAGUCUCCUAUGAUAUUUCAUGUUUUAUUCACUGUCUUCUUGUAUCUCACUUUUUACCUUUACGGUAUGCUGUUUCUUUAUUCAGUCAAAAGUCUUCAUUUGUUCAUAGCCAUUGUGUCGUCACCAUGCAUCAACUUUAACCUUGGCAAUGAAUAAUUAAUAGUUAAAUACAUGGUACUUCGAACACACAUUAUCAAAAACUAAAGGCUUAUGAAGAAGUUUGACUGUCUUUGAUCCACGUGCAGUUACACACCUGGAUGGAUUACUGUAAAACAAACAGACAGGGGAUGACGUCCCCUUGCAGUUAUCUUCACUCUUAUCUGUCUCAAGAACUGGCUUCAGUAUUUGCAUAAUAACUUCUGUCAUAUUUUAAUAUGAGUUAGAGGAUAAUAAGCUGUAACAUAAUAUAUCCUGGGUACUUCAAUAUCUCUUGUGGGUCAAUGUCUAACAUGCGAAUAUUGGUCUUAUAGUAAAUAUGAUGCUUGCAUUAAAUAUGACAUCAUAGUUUCCAGUGACAACAAGUAGAAUGGCAGCACCCAUGCUGUGACAUGUUUUUAAGGUCCAUGGUUCUAUUAAAGGUAGUUAAGAAUCCUUUUUAUGAAUAAUGUAUUCAGGGAUGUGAUGGUCCUGGCAGCUUAAGGGCUGAAGCCAUUUCAGCAAGGGUUUUGGGGCCGCUGAAGGCCUUCAGUGGGGUGGAGAAUGACCUGCCUGACUGUCUAGAAGCACCUUGGAGUGCUCUCCUUACAUCAAUUUGGAAGCAACCUGGAGUGUCCAUACUAACAACAAAUUAAGUAACAAUCAGAAGCAACCAAUUAACUCUUUUUAAUCAGGAUAAAAGAUAACUAGGGAGAGGGGGUCCUGAAGCCAUCGUAUCCACGGAAAUGCACGAAUCCGCGGACAAAUCACAUUCCUGUGUAUUUGAUAUGAUGCCAAAUCUGAAAAUUCCAUCAUUAAUUGAAUACCCAGGUCUUGUUGUCUCAGCUUAUAAACUGUUUGUAUAACUGAUCACUCGGGGUUGAUAAACUUACAUAUAUAUCUCAUUACGUGAUUGAAAUUCCUUUAUCUGUUUCUGUCUUAUUUGAUUUCCAAGCAUAUAAAAAAGCUUACAUAUGAUAGAAUAUAUAUCUGUGAUAAAUUAUCAUAUCCAAAAAUAUAUAUCCCUAGCUUGUCAACGAUGGUACAGUUAAAUCCAUGGGGCCUGUCAAUCAAAAUCAAAAUUUUACUUACAAAAUCAAAUAAAAUCUGAAAGAAUCUGACCAAUAAAGCUGGAAAUAAAUAUUAUUUACUCAGAUUAUUAAUUUGAAAACAAAAUUGAUCAAAUGACAAGUGCAGUGAUAAGAUGGCCUUCCAGAUUAUUAAUUUAUUAUAUACCUGAAAGUAUGUGUAAUGAUAUAUUGUUAGGGUAGCACCAGUUCGAUAUGUCUCAGCAGUAUUUAUUUUUUUCUCCAUAAACAUUGAUGCCAUAUUGCAUUUGUCAAGAUAAUGAGUACUGAGUUCAUGCAUUACCCUCAUUUAUCCCUUGUUAGAAUAAAGCAUUUGACUUGAUGUUUUAAACAAAUUUGAAUUAAAUGCUGUUAAAAUUUUGAACUGCCAUACAAGCUUGAUAACUGAAUUUGUUGACCACACAAUAUUUUGUUUUUCAUUCAAAAGAUGCAAUUGACAAUUGGCUGAUUCAAAGUGUUUUUGAUUACAUGUAUAACAAAAAUGUAACAGCCAAGAUGCUGAUAUACAUGUUGAAAUAAUAUCCAAACAUGCUGUUAUUGAAAAAUAGAUAAAAUUACAACCAAUAAUGAAUAAAUCAUUAAAAUUCUUGAAACUUAAUCCUACUCCACUGAUAUUAAUAUUUAAAAGAACUGGAUAAAGUGGAAAGUAGAUCUUUCAAUAGAUAGGAACUUUGUAUUUUUUGUGGAUUAGAUUAAGUACCAAAGGAUUACUCUAAGAUUGUGUAUUCAGUAAACAAUGUUUGUUAGAUGUGUUGUUGUUUAAUAUUAUAUUAGUUUUGUAGGUCAUUGUUUUCUUGUAUAUUUUUGUUAAUCAGUUGUAGAAUUUAACCUAAAAACCCAGGUUCUCUUGUACAUUUUUGUUAAUCAUGCAUAGAAUUUAGCCUUAAACGCAGGUCUUCUUGAGUUGUAUAUCUUGAAUGUAAAUACCAGUAAUAAGUAGGCUUAAGAUUUGCUUUCGCUUCUACAGUAUGUGCAUGUAUUAUUAUAAGUUUUGAACUAAACUUAGACACUACUUAGACAUGGGUUAGCAAAACAAUGUAGGACAACUAUCAUUACGUUGUCCGAUUAGUGCACUUGCUUCUCACCAAGGCAAUCCGGGUUCGAUUCCCAGCCUGGGUGCAUGUGAGUUUGGUUUGUGGUCACCAAGCUGGAUCAGUGGGUUUUUCUCCAGGUACUCCGGUUUCCCCCACAACACAAGACCACACUCUCACUCAACAUCGUGCCAACGAGAGUGACUUGGUAAAAGUUAUCAUAACUUUCUUCACAAUCGUUGUAAAAUAUAUAGCUUUCAAACUUGAAAGAUGUUAGAUGGAAAAAAAAGUAAUGAAUAAUUGAUUUAAUUCCUUUUUCAUAUUUUUGCUUGUCUAAUCUUCAAAGAAAAUAAUUAAGGUAUUGUAGUGGCACCUAAAAAAACUGACUGGAAAAAAAAAAAGAGAUGAGCAUUGAUUUCCGCUCCCUGGUGCUCUUCUUUUAUAUGAAUAUACAGUUUUCAAAAUUCAGCCAGCCUGUGGGUAGGAAUUUCACUAGUUUUGUAAGGUUAUGUCAGUUUGUAACAUAUUACACAAAUAAUCUAAAUUUUCUUUGAACAUAAAUGUUAUAGGUAUAAAAAACAGAUAUUAUUUAUAGUGAUAUUUCUUAGAUUUUCUAUUAAGUAACUUUUUUUGAAAGAUGUAAAUUAUUUUGUUGUAUGAUCGAUGUUCACAUUUUGAAGAAGGGAUGGUGCAAAUUGAAUAACGAAUGUUUCAUUUAAAUUCUGUGCAUGCUAAUUAUAUUGAAUUAAGAGAUCUGUAGUAAUCAAUGUGCAAUUAAAAUAAUUGUAUCUGCCUGUUCAUGUAUGUGUUUAUGCAUAGUCAUGAUUUUUUCUUUUGAUCGGUAAUUUAUGCUUGCUGUAUAUUUUAUUUGAUGAUUAUUGGUAUUUUUUUGACAGAUUAAUUUUUGCUGCAAUGUAUUUAACUAAAUCAUGUGUUUUUGUCAGCAUUUGUAUUAUUAUUUAAUUCAAUUUUCAAUUUAAUAUUUGUACAGAAAAUUAUGAAUUCAGUCAUAUUUAAAAUUAUGUGUUAUUUUGUUCCUCGUGUUUAAUUUUAAAACUUUAUGUUCAAGAUCAAAUAUACGUUCAAGAUCAAAUACAGAGAAUAUGUUUUCCAUAUAUAAAAUGAUUUUGAUAUUAAAGAAACCUGAGGGAAAAUUUUAAAUAACUUAUGGUUUAUAUACAACUGGUAAUUCAUAUUAUUUUUACACCAACUUGAUUUCAAUAUUUUUCAAAAUAUUUUAUGUUUAUUUUUUUUUGUUGAUCAAUGUUUUAUUUAUCAUACUUUUUGGUUGGACCGCCAACAUAUUUGUCAUUGAUAAAAAUUGAAACAUAAUGGUUUGUCUCAAGUACUUGAUGUGUGUAAAUUCCGUGUCAAAAAUAUUUAAAACCAUAUUCUUUAAAAGAAGUUGUAGGAAAUAGUUUCAUCGUAGGAUGUAUAAUUAUUUAAAAGAUCAGAGAUGUGUGAUUGACAAAAUACUUACAUACAAAUACCUACACUUAUAUUGCUGCAUAUACUGGUUACUUUGGAUACACAUGUUUAGGGAUAUAAGCAAAAUAAAAGAUGACUAGACAUUAAGGGCGGGCUUUCUCAGGGCUAUUCCAGUAAACAUUUAACCCACUGGGGAAGGCAAUUAUUAAAAUAGCAUAUGGUUGGGUGUCUUUUUUAGUUAAUUUGAAAUCUGAAGGGUAAAUUUGCUUUUGUACGGGGUGGCAUAUUUUAAAAGUGCCUUCCACAUGGCGGUUAUAUGUUUAAAUGGAAAAGCCCUCAGUAACAAAAGUCACAUCAACCAUCAUAUACCUUAUCAUUAAUUUGGAGGUCUUUAUGAAAAGACUGACUUUUAAGUUAUCGUUCAUCUGGCUGCAAUUAACUUCCAUAAAGACAUCCAAAUAAACAAUUACCUAUACUUAAUUGCCAAUUUCAUUGAACAACCUUAUUAUUAUUGUAUGAUUUUUCUCAAUUAACUUUCUGUUUGUUUGUACAUAUAUAUAGCUCCAAUUGAUGUCACUUUGUUAUAUUUAUGUGUUAAUGAUAUUUGUCUAUGAUCGAGGUAAUAUUUAUUAAAGACAAUUAUGAAAAUA